UUUGCAGUGAAUUUAGCCCCUAUCUGUUUGAGUUUAUAAAUAGAUGGGAUUAGGUACCUGCAGAAAUUAAAUCCUAGAUGUAAUUAAAUGAAAUGUUACAGUUUUCACUUUGUUUAAAUUACUAUUAGGAACAUUCAAUUAAAUCAUAGAUAUCAUAAUAUAUAUAUUAUUAUUUCCUAUUAAUUAUUAUUUUAGAUUGCCACAUAUGUUAACGACCUCUUUUAAUCAUUACUCUACCCGAAAGGUGAUAUUAUUUUUGAUUUCUAUGUUGAUGGAAAUGAUUUUACUACAUUAAAAUAAUGGGAAUCUCAAUUAUAAGAAUUGUAAUUUGUAAAAGUUCAAUAUUUUUUCAGUAUUGUUGUUUAAACAGUAGACACUUUCAAAUUUAAAUAAAUAAUGUAAUUAUUAAUUAGAGAAUAAAAAACCUACUUUUAAUUACUGGAUAGACAGAAGUUGGUAAGUCAAUGUUAGUAUAAUCAUUGUUAUAUAAAAUGAAAUAGCUGUUGAAAAAUAUGAUGCUUAGCCUUAUAUUGAACUUUUACGAUAGAUGAUUGAAUUAUAAGGAACUUUUGAUCGUACAAAAUUAUUUUUGUAAAAUAUUGAAGAUGUAACUCUAUUGAUAGCUGGUGGACCUCCUGGAGGUUGAAGAAAUCAAUUAUCUUCAAGAUUUGUUAAAUAAUUCAAUGUUUUAAAUAUGUUAUAGUAAUCUGAUUCUAUAUUGGAGAUGAUUUAUGGAUCUAUUUUGAGGAAAACGAGUGAUUAAAUUACUAGAAUAGCAGUUGAAUUAUUUAGAUGAAUAUCUUAACAAUUAUUACCAUUACCAGCAAAAUUUCUUGAUAAUUUUAAUUCAA